ACUCGCUAGUCGCUACUCUUAGCAAUUGGGAUGACCCCCCCCCCCUGUGGAGGCGUCGUCUACUGCCCGGCCACAACACCCGGCGUCUGAAGCCUCCUUCACCUGGCUCGUCAUGUCGUCGCUAUGGAUAACUCGGAUACCUCUACUUAGAGAGUUGAAAUGGUACCAAACGAAAGACAAGAAGCUACUUCAUAUGUACAAGGCUUUGUCUGCAGUUGACAAAAAUCAUUUGGCAAAACUCCGCAAACAAACUGGCUUCUCCAUUAGUAAUUGCAAGAAAGCUUUGGAAAUGCAUAACAAUGAUUUUGAAAAGGCUGAAACUUGGUUACAAGCUGAGGCGCAGUCACAAGGUUGGGAAAAAGCCAUGAAAUUAUCCAGUCGCAAGACAACGCAGGGUCUUGUUGGCAUCCAUAUUGAGGGGGACAAAGGUGCUAUGGUUGAAGUCAACUGUGAAACGGACUUUGUAGCCCGGAAUGACACGUUCAAGACUUUGGUGGCUCAGAUAGCAAGGGAAUGCAUUAGCUCCACACCUUCAAUUUUAAAUCAUGCUGUAACAAAGGCAAAGUUAUCACAAGAGCAGUUGAAAACCUUGGUAACGAGUGAGGGUAAAACCUUGGGAGACGUCGCAGCCCUUGCUAUUGGCAGUAUUGGAGAGAACAUAAGUCUGUCUCGUGCUGUACAAGUAAGAGGGUCUGCUGGAAUUCAUCUUGUUGGUUAUAGUCACCCAAGCACUCCAGACCAGAACCUUGCAACUGGCAAGUUUGGGGUAAUUCUGGCACUGAAGACUUCCCAUGAGCUGAGUGAGGUUGCAAGAGAACUGUGUAUACAUGUUAUAGGUAUGAACCCAAAAACAGUUGGGACAUUAUCUGACCCAAAGGCUCCCAACCCUGAUGAAGAAACCAUUCUUGUUCAUCAAGAAUUCCUCGUGGACCCUACAAAGACUGUUGGUGAAGUGCUACAAGAAGAAAACAUAGAAAUAUUAGAUUUUAUUAGAUUUGGGAUGGGAGAGCAGAAUGUUGAAUAAAUAUUUAUACAAUUUUAAUUUUAAUAAAAAUUUGAAUUUA